AUGAAGCCUCAUAUCAAAAUAUUAACAUUUUUUCUUGUUUUAAUAAUUUUUUUUUGGGGUAUUCUACAGGUUUCCUUAUUCUUUUACACUUUUAACUUAACACACAAAGGUCUUUCAGGGAGUAAUGCGUUUAACCGUGAAAUUAUAUAUAAGAUCAAAUCCAAAGAUGACUUUGCAGAAAUCGAUGAAAGUGUUCAUCAACGUACAUCACAUGAAGAAACAAGUCAGUGGAAUGUUGUACCAAAUUUUUUAGAAAAGUAUUCUCAAUAUAACAUAUCGUUGAAUAAGUCAACUGCAUUCGGACCAGAUGAAUUAAAUGUACUAGCAUGGACAUUCAUGUCGGACGAAAAAGUUUUUCCUUAUUAUUUUAAUAAAACUGAGAUGGUGAAAUGGUUUCCAUCAGAAAUACCUCUUAAUGAUCUUGAUACGUUUUUAAAAAAAAAAAAAAAAACUCUUCCUUUUUUUAACCAGUAUAUGAAUACUCUGGCAGUCUUUCCUUAUAUAGAUCAGUUUCAUUUCCAUGGGGCUAUUGGCCUUUCCCAUAAAACAUUCAAACCAAUGUUUUCUCCCGAAAACACUUCUCGGCAAAGUAAUCAAAGUUUUUAUCAGAUUUCAAACAUGACUCCUAUAGAACGCGACGUACCAGAUCAUAGGUCGAACACAUGCAAAUUGGAGCAAUAUUCCAUACAAAAUUUAACUUACGCAUCUGUUGUUAUCUCUAUUGUCAAUCAGCCUAUUUCAAUGAUACUUCGCACAAUUCAUUCAAUAUUAAACAGAACUCCACCACCAUUAUUGGGUGAAAUUAUUAUCGUUACUACAGGCAUGUUUAGCACUCUUUAUAACAGUGUUGAUUUUUUAGAAGAGUAUACACGCAGUCUUCCUAAAGUCAAAUAUAUGAGUUCAUUACACAGAAAAAAUAAGUUUUUUGGCCGUCGUAAUGCGUUUCAUUUAGCCGUUUCUCCAAUCGUUGUUUUUAUCGAUCCUGGUGUCGAAGUAGGACACCAAUGGCUUGAGCCGAUUUUAUAUACAUUACAUCAUAACCCGCGUAGUCUUGUUUUUCCUCAAAUACAACACAUUAGUAAAAAAACGUUUUCCUUUUUAAAAACAAAAUAUCAUCAGUGUUCUUAUCGGUUGGGAUGGAAUCUGAGGUCGUUUCCUGAGAUGCUUGAACAGCUACCCGAAACGAAAACUAUUAAUUCAUCUAUAUCUUCAGAAACUGUUUAUGCAAUGAACAAACAAUGGUUCGAUAUUUUGGGAAAUUUUGAUAUUAAUAAAGAGUACUUUUCCAAUGAACAUAUUGAACUGUCAAUACGCUCAUGGGAAUGUAGAGGAUCUGUAGUAUGUGUUCCUUGUUCUGUAGUGUAUUCAACUGCACCAGAAAAUGAUUUCGAGAAUGAUCCAAUGGAAGAAAGCAUUGAUAGAUCAAGCCGCCGAGAAAUUUCUCAAAUUUGGCUCGACGAAUUUAAAGUUAUAACGGAUCGACUGAUUACUGAGACAAAUAUGUUUCCGAUUCUUACUGUACCAAGUGAAAGAAGUGGCGUUAAAACGGUUUUUGAUAGCAAAAAGAAUCUGAAAUGUCAUGAUUUUCAAUGGUUCAUUAAAAAUAUUGCACCAUAUUUAAAAAUUUCUAGCCUGGAUGAUUUGAAAUUCUUGGGUUUUAUAAAACACCAUGAUUCGCCGUCUUAUUGUUUGACAGUCAAUUCGUUAAAACCCAAAAGUGCUCUAUUCGUUGCGCCAUGCAAAGAGGGUAACACUCAUCAAAUGUUUUUUUCUUUAAAAGAAAGCUAUUCAGCGCAUAUUCAUUUAUUAAGUGAUCCAACUUUAUGUGUAUCCAAAGGAAUUAUUUUGCAGCCAUGUUCUAAAGUCAAAGCUAUGUGGAAGAUUGAUGACAAAUUACAAUUUGUCCCUUCACAUGUCCAACGCAUACGUAUCCCUUCAUGCCUAGCAGCGAACCCUGAGUUAUCUUCAUUGGUUAAGCUUGCUUCUUGUUCAUCUGCAAAUUCAUGGAUCAUUCCUUAUUGGAACAUCUCUUUUUAGAAAAAAUUAUUUUAAUUGACAAUGAUACUUCACAUUUAAUGUUACUUUUUU